AUGGUCUACUCUGAACGCACCGACAAAUGUUCAGCCAGUCCCAAGGACGCUCCCAAAAUCGACUCGACGCCAACGCAUAAGCCGAGUCACAGUUCCGGCGCCUGGAGCAGCAAGGCCUCGAGUGACGAGAAAUGGAAAUACAACAAUAUGGUCAAGGAUAACCGUGACAAGUUCAAUGGCAUGCACUUCUCUUAGAAGUCGCACCCUCCCAAGUGGUAGUGGGAGUGGUGAUGUGAUGUGAUGUGAGGGGGGGCUAACUAAGGGCGGAGCCUGCCUAUUAUAGUUACGUGAUAUAUAUACUAGAUCCUUAGAUUAUUGUUGAUAUUUCUGGUUUCUAUGGGUUCGUAAUAGUUUAAGUACAUCAACAUUUCAAUACUGAUGAAAAAAUAAUUACAAAAACAAAACAAGUGUGAAAAAUAUAAAAGAGAUGC